AUGAAGCUGUCUCUCCUGCACUGGGCCUUGCUGCUCCUAGUGCUGGCCACCAACCCAAGCCUCUGGUCUACCGCAGGGGCCCAGAAGAGCUGCGCCCAGCGCUGUGGGGACAAAAAUGGACCAUGCUCCUGCCACCCAACCUGCGUCAACCUGAACACCUGCUGCUCAGAUGUGCAGAACUUCUGCUUGGACAUUUUACCCUACUCUGGUUCCAUGAUGGGGGGCAAGGACUUUGUGGUGCAGCAUCUGCGCGUGCACACCACUGACAGCAUAGUGUGCAAGUUUAAGGAGAACAUAGAGACACGCGGCCAUGUGGACAGCAGCCAGCAGGUGCACUGUGUGUCCCCACUGCUAUACGAGAGCGGUCUCAUCCCCUUCAAUCUCUCCCUGGACAAUGGCUACACCUUCCACCACUUCGGCACCUGGCUGGCAGUGCACCCCAGCAAGGUGUCAGAGACAGAGAAGUGCACGCUGGUGAAUGAGACUCGCUGGCAGUACUACGGCACUGCUGGCACGGAGGGUGACCUCACGGUGACCUGGUACCCUAGGGAUCUGCCCACGGGGUAUGUCAGUAUUGAGCUGUGGGGCUAUGAGGAGACCGGAAAGCCGUACUCAAAGGAGUGGACAGCCAAGUGGUCAUUCCUGUACACCCUGGCCACAAACGUUUCCAACUCAGGCAACUUCACCUUCACGCCGAAACCUGGGUCGCCUGACUACCAGCACUGGGAAGUGGGGGCUCUUCGUAUCCUUAACAGCGCUCACCAGGCUGGGAAGAAGGACGUGCAGGCGCUCUGGAGCAACGAGCAUGCACUGGCCUGGCAUCUGGGGGAUGAAUUCCGGGCCAACCCCGUGGCCUGGGCUCGAAACCAGUGCCUGGCCUGGGAGGAACAGGAAGACAAUCUGCCCAACUUCCUGGAGGAGCUGCCUGACUGCCCCUGCACCCUGGCCCAGGCCCGAGCUGACACUGGGCGUUUCUUUACGGACUAUGGAUGCAACAUGGAUCAGGGCAGCGUCUGCACCUACCAUCCAGGGGCUGUGCAUUGUGUGCGUUCUGUGCAGGCCAGCCCCAACUACGCCUCGGGCCAGCAGUGCUGCUACACAUCAGACGGCAUGCAGCUCCUGACUGCGGACUCCACCAGCGGCAGCACCCCAGACCGUGGGCAUGACUGGGGGGCACCCCCAUACCGCAUGCCACCGCGAGUGCCCGGCCUCUCGCACUGGCUCUAUGACGUCAUCAGCUUCUACCACUGCUGCCUCUGGGCACCCGAGUGCCACCGGUACAUGCGCCGUAGGCCUUCCAGCGGCUGUCAAAACUACCGGCCCCCGAGAUUGGCCUCUGCCUUUGGGGACCCGCACUUCCUCACCUUUGAUGGAGCCAACUUUACGUUCAACGGGCGCGGCGAGUAUGUGUUACUGGAGGCAGGUCUGACGCAGCUGAGCGUCCAGGCCCGGGCCCAGCCGGGGAUGAUGUCUAAUGGCUCUCAGGCCCUUGGCACCAGACUGACCGCUGUGGCAGUCCAGGAGGGCACCUCAGACGUGCUGGAAGUUCGGCUGUCUGACGAGUCCAGAACACUCCUACAGGUGCUACUGAACCAGCGGGUGCUCAGCUUCAAAGAACAGAGCUGGAUGGACCUCCAGGGUCUGUUCCUGUCGGUGGCUGCUGAGAAUGUGACCAUCAUGCUGUCCUCAGGGGCUGGCCUGGAGGUCCGCACACAGGGCCCAUCCCUGAGUGUGACUGUUCUGCUGCCUGACAAGUUUUGGAACCAUACCCAGGGCCUCCUGGGAACGCUCAACAACAACCCAGCCGACGAUUUUACUCUGCGCAGCGGCCACAUUCUGCCUGCCACUGCCAGUGCCCGGGAGCUCUUUGGGUUUGGGGCUGACUGGGCUGUGCGGAAUGAGUCAUCUCUGUUCACCUAUGAUUCCCAGUUCCUGGUCAACAACUUCUUGUACCGGCCCAAGCAUGACCCCUCCUUCCAGCCCCUCUUCCCCGAUGAGGUUGCCGCCUACUCCCAUCCGAAUCGUGAGGUGUACAGCGUCUGUGGGGAUGACCCUUUCUGCAGAUUCGAUGUGUUGGCCACUGGGAGCCUAAGUGUGGGCAAUGCCACAAGGGAAGCCCACCAGCAACACCUGCACCGCAUGCAGAGCCUGCAAAGGGUGGUAUCCUGCGGCUGGUUGGCCCCACCUGCAAAUGGACACAAGAACAGUUACACAUACCUGGAAGGCUCUACCAUCCGCUUCCUCUGUGACAGUGGUUACAGCCUGGAUGGGGCAGAAGCCAGCACUUGCCAGUCAGAUGGCACCUGGUCCAUGCCCACCCCAAGGUGCCAACCAGGACGGAGCUACACGGUGCUGUUGAGCGUCAUUUUCGGAGGCCUGGCCGUGGCCUUGCUGGGGGUGCUGCUCUAUGUGCUGAUUCAACGCAGAAAGGGCCACAGCCCCAAAGCUGAGAGUGGUGGGAGGGGCAUUCCUGGCAGGGAACAGCCUUUGCAAAGGCUCAGCGGCAAAGCAGGGCCCAAGAACAAGUAG